GAAAAUUCUACAGAUGACAUCGAAGAGGGCAAAAAAGUCGGUCAAUUGAAAUAUGACAAGAAAACUGGUGGACGAAACUGUCAUAAAGGUCAUAUUUUGGCAUUGGCCAUCUCAGCACAAGAUCGAUUUUUGGUCAGUGGUGGACAGGAUGCCGUAAUAAGAGUUUGGAAUUUUGUCAGUUUGGAUUUAGUCAAGGAAUUGACCGGACAUAAAAACGCAAUUACUGGACUGACAUUCCGUUUGGGCACGCAGCAGUUGUUCAGUUGUUCACGAGACCGAAGUGUGAAAGCAUGGGAUCUGGAUCAGAUGGGAUACGUGGAUACGAUGUUUGGACAUGUGGAUGCUGUGAUGGGUAUUGACAUCUUAGGAAGGGAACGUGUUUUGACGUGUGGUGCACAGGAUCGCAGCGUGCGAAUAUGGAAAGUGGCCGAAGAGAGUCAGUUGGUUUUCAAU